UCCGGUGGAGCCUCAGACAGCCGCCAGACAAGUCGUCUCUGUGUCAGGACCGACCCGCUGCCCGGACUUCCAACCCCAGCAGAACGACCCACUGUCCUUUCACAAAGUCGCCCGUAACCCCGGGGGUGGCAGCGAUAAGACGGAGCCGAGCGAACCAGAGGGCAGGCGGAGGUUGCUGCCAUUUUUUCUAACUUCCACCUCCCCGCCGGCUUCUCGCCAGCUAUCCCCGCUGCUAGCCCCUCUCGGCUACCCUCCGCCCCUUUGAGAGCUCCCGCACCGGUAGAGACGUCACCUGUCAUCGCUGGGGUAUUUUUUGCUGUUUUUUUGUUUUUGUUUUCUUCAAACUUUAAAGUUUCAGCAAUGUCCUUGGCGGUUGAGACUGACUUUUCACGCCCUUUGGAGGAGUUUACUGGCACUUUUACGAGCGGCAGCAGCUAACGAGCUAACAAGUUGACGUGGAGGAAGGAGGAACUUUGUUGGGUGGAUUUAGUCCUGAGGUGCACUUCUUUGCCCUGAAAACACAUCACCAAAGCGACAUAGCGGGACAAAAAAAGCAUAGACGGAGAAGCCAUGUCUGGCCAAUCAAUCACCGAUCGGAUCGCGGCGGCUCAGCACAGCAUGACCGGCUCGGCGAUCAGCAAGGCGGUGUGCAAAGCUACCACGCAUGAAGUCAGUGGACCCAAGAAGAAACACCUGGACUAUUUGAUUCACUGCACCAAUGAGAUGAAUGUGAACAUUCCCCAACUGGCCGACACGCUGUUUGAGCGCACAGCCAACUCCAGCUGGGUGGUGGUUUUUAAAGCCCUUAUCACCACGCACCACAUCAUGAUGUAUGGCAACGAGCGUUUCAUCCAGUACUUGGCCUCCAGAAAUACCCUCUUUAACCUAACCAACUUCCUGGAUAAAGGAGCCCUGCAAGGUUAUGACAUGUCAACCUUCAUCAGGAGAUACAGCCGUUACCUGAAUGAAAAGGCAAUGUCCUACAGGCUGGUGGCUGUGGAUUUCACCAAGAUGAAGAGGGGGACUGAUGGUGUGAUGCGGACUAUGAACACAGAGAAGCUGAUUAAGACGCUGCCCAUAAUUCAGAACCAGCUUGAUGCACUGCUGGAUUUCCAGGCUAACCCUAACGAACUCACAAACGGUGUGAUCAACUCCGCCUUCAUGCUGCUCUUCAAAGACUCCAUCAGGCUGUUUGCUGCUUACAACGAAGGGGUCAUCAACCUCUUGGAGAAAUACUUUGACAUGAAGAAGAACCAGUGCAAAGAUGCUCUGGACAUCUACAAGAAGUUUCUUUACCGGAUGACAAAGCUGUCAGAGUUUCUCAAAGUUGCAGAGGAAGUUGGAAUAGAUCAGGGUGACAUCCCAGAUCUUUCACAGGCCCCCAGCAGCCUGCUGGAGGCUCUGGAGCAGCACCUGGCCUCCCUGGAAGGCAAGAAGACCAAGGAACUUAAUGCAGAUACUAGAGCGUCCACUCUGUCCAGCGCAGUCUCGUCUCUCUCCUCCACCGGCCUGUCCUUUACCCGCAUGGAUGAGAAGGAGAAGCAGCUGGCCCUGGAAGAGGAGCAGGCCAGACUACAAGCUCUCAAGGACCAGCGUCUGAAGGAGAUCAGCUUGCAGACUCCGCCAUCUGCCUCCCCAAGCAGCCAAUCAAUAGGCAGCGCAAACAACAACCACCACCACGUCACACAAACACCAGAGUUGUUUGGCCCCACAUUCUCAACCAACAGUGUGCCCAACCUGAACAGCGACCUGUUUGAUCUACAGCCAGCCUUUAUCCCCACGGUGCAGAGCGCUCCUUCCAUCUCUACCGCCAACAGUGCCUGGGGAGGACUGGAGAGCCAGCCCCUGCAGCAGAGCGUGUCAGCCAUGACUGUAGAUUUCGAUGCUGUGUUCGGGAAUAAGGCCUCUCCCGUAAACGACGGAACGCAACCAGCAGCCGGUUUUAAUGCCCUGGGAACGCUGUUAAAGCCUUCGGUUCCCGCACACACAGGGCCUCCUCUCCCCCCUCAAAUGGUCUUCCAGUCUGGAGGGAAGCUGCUCGCCAACGACCUGGACUCCUCUCUAGCCAGCCUCGUGGGCAAUCUGCAGUUUGGUGGAACACCAUCCAAAAAGCCAGAGAUGCAUUGGAGCCAGCAGGGAGAGAAGAAACUGACGGGAGGCCAUAACUGGCAAAACAAGACCAUGUCCACUACCCACUGGAGCCCGGCCCCCAUGGUCGCACAGCCCAUGCCUGUGCCACACGUGAAUGGAAUGUUCUAUACAAGUUAUGCUCCUGCUUCGAUGGCUUUCCCCAUGACGACACCGCAAGUGCCUGUGUAUGGAAUGGUCCCUCCCCAAUUGGGUCAAGUGGGUGGGGUACCAGUCAUGGCUCCUCAGCCAAUAAUGUACAACCAGCCUGUUCUCAGACCCUCUAACCCCUUUUCACCCAUGCCAGGAGCCCAGAUGCAGUUCAUGUAAUACAGUCAACGAUGUGGGGAGCGGAGCAAAGUGCCAAAAGCGACAAAUUAACAAAAAGAACAAGACAAGCUGGAAUAAUUAUUUGAUCAAGUUAAGAAGCCAAAAAGACUGAAAACCAACCGAUGCUUCAAAAGAAGUUGAUGACCUAGUAAAGGCUGGAGGCGACCUGAUAGGUUGUUGUCUGAAGCAACAUGCUAAAGUGUGAGUUGUGCCAGAAAUGUACGACAAAUGUGCGUAAACCGUGCGUAUGAUGCGUGUAACAUGUGUAAAAUAUGUGUGCGUAUGUGCAUGGAGGGAUGUUUGAGGCUGAGAGGAUGCACGUGAGUAUUACGAUGCUCUCUGCUGCCACAUAGCUUUAUUUCAUACUGGUGCUAUUUUCUUCCCUCUGGGCUCUGUCUGCCUGCAACGGCCAUCCAGAGCACUUUGGAGAUGGUGUGUGUGUGUGUCUGUGUGUGCGUGUGUGUGUCUGUGUGUGGUGUUGCUUAAGACAACUGUCCUGCUGUCAAGCUACUCCCUCGUCUGCCGUCCAAUGGUCCAAUUAAUGAACAAGUUGGAGGCCAGUCUUUUCAAAUAUGCUUCUCGUCAGGACAUUUUUGUACUUAUCAUUUUUCAUUUUCUAGUGCGCGCUCAUGAUUGUUGAAAAUUUGGAGAUUGUUUUACAUUCUAAGCCAAAUUUUAGUUUUGUUUGGUUUUCUCCGUUUAAAGCGAUGUAACCACACAAAGAUGCAGGGCUAAAGUUGUGCUAGCAUGGCAAAGAGGUGAUCAUAUCAGGUCUGUUCUGAAAGGCCCCCCUCACAAAUUGUUUUGGAGCUAUUUGAAAUUCAUUUGAUGUUUUCAUCUUCCCUAACCUGUCCACUGUUAGCUCAUCCAGCAAAGAGACUUUCAUCAUAUUCGUAUAGUCCGAGCAAGUCAACCACGAUGGUUGUGGUUCCCUGUGAUUGAAUAGAUUUAUCACGAGAUCGACGCAUUUAAUAGGUAAAUAGUUUUUUUCCCUCUGUUGUGGUUCGUGUCAUUUUUAAUUUUUAGAUCACUUAAAUUGCACUGACUCUAUUUAAGUGUCUUUAAUGCCAACCUCCCUUACGCCCAAUGCUUGUCAAAUGUUGUCUUGUAAAAAAAAAAAAAAAGAAAAAAAAAAAACUUUCAUAGUAUCCAUCACAAUGAUCUGCAUUGUGUGCAAUUUGAGGGUUAUUUGUCAAGGUCACAUAAUGUCAAGAGUUUUACAUUUGCCUUGUCUUUAAGGUGUCAAAUGGGUGGGUGGGGGGUGGAGGAAAACAUAAAAUGUGACGACAUUUUGGAGUUUUACAAAAACAAAAUAGCCACUUUAGCAGGUAACAAAAUAUCCCUGCCAUUUGAACAACAAACUCUUUCUCUAUUCUCUAGUUCGGUCACGUCCAUCCUCAGCCAUGUCUUAGUCGUUCUAUCUCUAUAUGGCUUGUCCCAUUGCUUGCCGUGUGCAGAUAUGUAAAGAUUACCAAUGCUAGUAAUAGUCUCAGCUGUCACUGUUGCUAAUGGAUAGAUAUUGCUCCAGAGCGCUUCUCGUUGCAGUCUUGUGUUAACGUUCUAGACUCCUCACCGUGCGCUCCUUGUAGACUGAAAAUGCCGUAGAUGUCCUGCAUCGCCUUGUGCUGCUCCAGUUUCUUUGAAUCGUUCUCGGUGUGUCUGGUGUUGCUUCUCUUCUGUCUGUUGGCAUCACUGCCCUCUUCUGAUAGAGGUUUUCUUUUUCCAACUUGGUCAUCUGUGCCUCUUUUAACGAUGUCAGCAGCCUACACGCGCCAUGAUCGGACUCUUGAAUGUCCAGAGCAAACCAUGUUAUCCAGGUCUUAUGUCACAAAGACUAAUAACACUCAGCACUUUUCUAGAACAUGUCGCAGUUUAAAGGUGGACCUGUUUUGAAGCGAGUUUCACGCUAGCAGCUUCAUCGGGUUCAAGCUGUAUAGAAAAGACAAUCGCCCUCUUUGUCAAGGUCAAACCUUGGAGGACCUAAAAUCGAUCCCUGAGGAACACCCCGUGUGUAUAUAUAUAUAAAUAUAUAAGAAUUUAGUAAUUUCCGCCAGUGUGUGUUAACAGUAGUUAAAAGGUUAUUAUGGCCCGGGGUUUUGCUUGUUCACAACAAUUUGAAUGGAGAAAUGUGGCCACGGACUGCUACACGUUACAUAUGCUUUUCGCUUGGAAAUAAACAUUAUAAAGAGUACAUUUAGUGUUUCCAUUCCCACUUGCACACAGUGGAAUCAGCAGCAGCAGAAUGUUUUCCCCCUCAGCUGAUGUAAGAAGGUGAAACCAAACCAGAUAAAACCUCACUAACCCAACUUCAGCCAUGUUUUACUGACUUAUGUUACGUCCACUGUUUCUUAUUGCAAAGUUUCUCUGCAUGGGGCCUGGCUGAGCAUGACACGCUGAGCUCUUCUUGUGUCCUGAGUGACUCGUUGCCGUGUGGCGGUGAAGACGAGUGUGGCUCUUAGAUGUUAACAGUCGGUGAGUUUUACGUGAAUGACUUGUUGGUCCAGUUCAUGUUUGAUACUGGGACUCAGUGAUGAGAACCCGAAUGAGCCUACGUGUCAUAAUUAUUUUCUUUACUGAGCACUUGUGUGUAUCUCCUCCAAGGUCAGUGAGUGCAUGUCCUUCAUUGUUCCAAAAAAGCAUGACGUGACUGUGAUGAGGAUCUUUUUUUUUUUUCAGCACAAUCUUCCCUCAUUUUGUCUUUAUAUUAUUAUUGUUCUCACUUGCUGGUCUACUCUUGUAGAUGAACCACUGUAGUGAAGUUAUCUUUGCUGGUGUGGCGCCACCUGGUGUUCACUGCAACUGUGUGAGUUACUUAAGAAAAAGACAGAGGACAACGCUACCACCCCACUUAAACAGAGAAUAAACACCUUUGCUAACAUCAUAACCUGAAUUAUAUACAUUUACGCUUGUUUUUGUCAAUGUAGCCAAUCAUGUAAGAUAUCAGCACAGAUGUUCUAUUCCUGCUCAUGUAUGCGGGGAGGGGGAGCCCAGCAUUCACUGAUGCCAAAGGCGACACCGUUUGAUCUUUGUACAUGAUUUCUAUUUAUUUAAUGCAUAAUUAUAUGGAUUGUAUCCAGCAUGGAAAUGGCAAAGCAACAAAAAUCACAGGCUUUUAUUUGACGGCAGUAUAUUUGUUUAUUCAGAUGAUUGUUUUUCUCUCCUUUUGGAAGAAUAAAGUCAUUUUCCAUUC